AUUUCAUAGUGUUCCCUUUGGAAAUGCAAAACAAAGCGAUAGUCUAAACAUUAUUUAAUAACUUAUUGUUUGAUUACUUAGCGAAAUUCGAAACAAUUCCCAUUACUUAAUAUAUUAAUAAUGUUUUUAGAUGCCAAUCUAACAAGUACUCAGCUUUAUUUUUUUAAAAUCUAUAGAGUAUCUUCUAAAAAUAGAAUCUUUGAAUUUAGCUCAUUAUCAGAUUGUAUGUGUCUCUCAACACAUAGAAGAAUGAAUAGAGGCUCCGUAACUUUCAUAUUCAUAGUAGAGAAUCGAAGAGGAUUUCGCGUUAAGGAGCGAUCACUGUACCCACACCAGUCACACAUACGAUUGCCCCGCUGCUGUAAUGAUACACACACAUUUACAUAUGUAUUCUGCACUUGAUCAAGUUCUUGCCGCCUUCUUUCACGCUCUCCUUUGUUUGUUUAUAUUUCUCUAUUUCCUAUAGUUUGCUUGCGGGAUUGGGUAUGAACACUUAAUCCGAAUUUUGUAUACUGUUAUUUAGUAUCUAAGCCGGGCGUUUUGUUACUGUGGAGCAGCGCUACUGAUUACAACAAACAGCUGGGCCAUCCAGGAGAGCCUGCAGAGCGGCCAAAAUCCAAUAUUUGCGUGUAGUGUCUCGACCACGACGGUUGUGUUUCGGUUCGGUUCGGUUUGGUUUGGUGCCCGGGCUGUCAUCAUGCUGAACUGUUGCCUCCUGCGCGGAUUGCGCUCGGGAGAUCGGCGGGAGGAGUCCGCCACGACAUACAGACGCUUCGACGAUGGCAAACGGAGCGUGGACUUUGUGCUGGCGUACAACGGAGAGACGCAGCUGGAGGAGCAUCGGCGCAAGUGCGAGAUCUUUGAGGCGAAUCUGCAGCGGGAGGGCUUACAGCUGGAGCACAACAAGGUGCAGCGCGUCCACUUCAUCAAGAUCCAUGCGCCGGCGGAGGUGCUGUAUCGCUAUGCGGAAAUACUGAAGAUCAAGGUGCCGCUCAAGCCGAUUCCCGGCCAGGAUCAAAUCUUCGCCGAGUCGGCGCACGAGUUCAAGACCUGCUUCAGUCGCAUGUGCAAAAGUCUCUUCAGCUCCGUCCAACUGAAUACGGCCCUGUUUCCGGAACGCGAACCGCGCAUCCAUCUGGAGUUUUCCCGCAACUACCUGGAGCUGUACGAUACGGAGCACCCGAACUUUCUUGACGCCAGCACCCGCUACUCCAUCAUCAAUUUCAUUCUGCAGCGCCAGCGUUUCGUGGAGGGCGAGGAGACGGCCGACAAUCUGGGCAUCGAGAAGCUCGUCCAGGAUGGGGUGUACACCUGCGCCUACACCUUGCAUGAUAAAGACGAUCGCGAUCGGCUGCUAAAGGAGUGGGCCAACAUAUCCAAGUGGAAGAACCUGCAACCACUGGACCAAAUCAAAGACUACUUUGGAGCAAAGGUGGCACUCUACUUUGCCUGGCUGGGAUUCUACACGCAAAUGCUAAUACCCAUUAGCGUAUUCGGCGUGCUCUGUUUCCUGUACGGCUUCAUCACGUGGAACAGCGAUCCGAUUAGCCGGGACAUUUGCGACGACAAUGGAACGAUCAUGUGUCCACAGUGCGACCGCAGCUGCGACUAUUGGCGACUGAACGAGACGUGUACCUCCUCUAAGUUCAACUAUCUGAUAGACAACAAUAUGACAGUGGUGUUUGCCUUUUCGAUGGCCAUUUGGGCAGUGGUUUACCUGGAGUUCUGGAAACGCUACUCGGCGGGCCUGGUGCACCGCUGGGGACUGACUGGCUUUACCCACCACGUGGAGCACCCGCGUCCGCAAUACUUGGCCAGAAUAUCGCGCACCAAGAGGCUGGCCGGAAAAGCAUAUGAGCAGGACCAGGCUGGCAAGCGGACCAUCUUGGAUCCGGAUGUACCCUUCUGGAGUUUCAAGUUCCUGCCAAACUUCACCAGCUAUAGCAUUAUGGUCUUGUUUAUUUGCAUAUCAGUCAUUGCCAUAGCGGGCAUAAUCAUCUAUAGAAUGGCACAGCGAGCAUCGCACAGCAUUUUGGGCAGCGAGAAUUCCAUGACCUUUAAGGUUAUGAUAUUGCCCAUGACGGCGGGCAUCAUUGACCUCAUAGUGAUCUCUCUGCUGGACAUGGUCUACUCGAGUUUGGCUGUGAAGCUAACCAACUACGAGUACUGUCGCACCCAGACGGAGUACGAUGAGAGCCUAACUAUCAAAAACUAUGUGUUCCAGUUCGUCAAUUACUACUCCUCGCUCUUCUACAUCGCCUUCCUCAAGGGCAAAUUCGUCGGCUAUCCGGCGAAGUACAAUCGCGUGCUGGGCUUUCGCCAGGAGGAGUGCAAUCCUGGCGGCUGCCUUAUGGAGCUCUGCAUGCAGUUGGUAAUCAUUAUGGCUGGCAAGCAGGCGGUCAAUGCCAUCGUGGAGAUGCUAAUCCCCUAUUUGAUGCGCACCUUCAAGGAGCUGAGCUACCGCCACGGCUGGUACAAGAGCCACCAGGACCAGCGUCUGGUGCCCUACAACCAGUUCACCGAGGACUACAAUCUACUGCCUGCCGAGAACAACUCGCUCUACGUGGAAUACCUCGAAAUGGUUGUGCAAUUCGGCUUCAUCACACUGUUUAGUCUUGCGUUUCCAUUGGCGCCGCUGCUGGCCCUGCUGAACAAUGUGAUUGAGGUGCGCCUGGACGCCAUCAAGAUGCUCCGCUUCCUGCGACGGCCAGUGGGAAUGCGAGCGCGCGACAUUGGCGUUUGGCACAGCAUCAUGACCGUCGUCACGCGGAUUGCCGUGGCCUCAAGUGCAAUGAUAAUCGCAUUUAGCACGAACCUCAUACCAAAAAUAGUGUAUGCCGCCUCCAUGGGUGAUCCCGAGCUGAACAACUAUCUAAACUUCACGCUGGCCGUGUUCAACACCAAGGACUUUCAGGUGCAGCCACUGCUCGGUGGCAGUCAGCAUGUGAACGAGACGGUGUGUCGCUACACGGAGUUCCGAAACUCGCCGGAAGAUCCGCAUCCCUAUAAACGCCCCAUGAUAUAUUGGAAGAUACUGACGGGUCGGCUGGCCUUCAUCGUCAUCUACCAGAACAUUAUCACCAUGCUGCAGGGCAUCCUGCGCUGGGCCGUGCCGGAUGUCUCUGGUCGCCUGCUGAAGCGCAUCAAGCGCGAGAACUUCCUGCUGCGGGAGCACAUUAUCGAGUACGAGAAACAGCACGCCAUGAAACUGGUGCAGACGGAACUCAAUGGGCAACAGAAGUCGGAAGGUGAACUGCGUCAGCGGAACAACGAAACGGUGAUCCGGAGUCGCGACGAAGCCACCUCGUUCGUGUAGGAAGCGGCGAAUGGAAGCUGCAUGUUCGUCAGAUCAUUCCUUGGUUUCCGCCCACCCCCAGAAACACGUAGUUAGCUAGACUUUUGUAUAUACCGACACGCGAAUAUCUAGGGAUUGUCGAUCUAUGGGGAUCGCAUGGAUGCAGUGCUUCGUACUUACGAUGAUUUUUGUACUGUGUUUGCAUUGGAAAUGCUCAACGAAUAUGGGGCAUCGGAGCCCCGAGUCAAGCAAUUGCAUUUUUAUAUACAUACACGAAUAGGAUUUUAUAUUGUUAGUUGAUUUCCCAAACGGAUCAUUGUAUUUUGUACAAUGAGUAACCCGAGUCAUCCAUCACCCGGUUGGAUCAACAGUAAGGCCAAGUCGCUUUAGCAGCACACAGAGAUAUACUACAAUUCUAGGUAUAUGUAUUUGAAUAUUUUUAAAUUAAAUACACCACACCACACCACACCACACCACACUACACUACCAAACCACACCACACGUCCGAAGUGCAUUAACGAGGAGUAUUUAUGAUUUGGAAAGGGGGCAACUCCUGGUGGCCAUGUUGGAUCGAUCAUGAGCAAAACGAUCACGAAUUAUAUACACCACAAGUGGGUGCGAGCUGAAUGAGCAGCUGGCAGCCCAUCCAUCCAGACACUAAGAAACAAUCCAAUGUACCUUGCAAUGUUGCCCACAAACCGAGAAGCGAACUCAGACAUAUGUAUGUGCGUUUCAUCCACCUGCUCCUAAACCCCCACAAAUCCAUCGUUUUUAUUGUUGAUUAUUGGCCAAGCGAGAAGCGAGAGCAUUGCACAUUUCGCAAUAUUUUGUAGAACUCUAAAUGCUACUUACCAGUGCGUAACACCUAUAGUGAAUUGUUGUUUUGAUAAACAUAUUUAUACGAUACGAACUAAAACUAAUCAUACCAGCUACGAUUACGAUAGAGAUUAAGCCAGAAACAAAACAAAUUGUGUUGUGUGCCCGGGAUAAAAAAGAAAAUAUGAAAAAUAACAAAUAAAUCAAAUGGGUUUAACUCCAUUAGUAUGAACGGUGAUCA